CUUUACUAGUAAGUAACACAAGUGACAAGUACAAUAUGUUACUAUCAUACUUCUGUUGUUUUCAUAUCCGGUAUAAUUGUUGUAGUACAGAUUUUAAUUGUCUUUUCGAAAUUGCGACAGGCUUAUUGGUUUCGCAUUUUUUGGCCCUCGCUUCUUAGACCCUUAAUCCCGUGGCAUUAUUUUCGGUAAUAUCGGAUAUCCUUACUUUGCUUGGAAUCGCUCUGUCUGCUUACCGGUUAGCUUUGUUCUGUAUCUUAAGUCUUGACAGCGGCUCGGACUAGAUUAUUUUGACUGUAAAAGCAGCAUACCAGAAUGGCGGAAAGUCGUCUGAAAACUUUAGGAACCGUGUAUACAAGAAUAAAAGGGUUAAUGCGCGGCGGUGCGCUCAAAUGGGAAGAUCGGCCGCUGUGGUAUGACGUUUACGAAGCAUUUCCCCCGAAACUGGAGCCUGUGAUGGAUCGACCGCCAGUGAUGAAAGAGAUUCCUGAUAUAAUGUAUCCGGAAGAUAUCAUAAGAGCACAAUUUUACAAGCGUUACACUAGCCCCGGAUUAAUCAAUUUAGCGAGUCCGGUUGGACAAACAAUCGCACAGAAGUUCACCGACACGUUUUUGAACUUGAGCAAAGAUGCAUCGAUUCGCAAGGAAGAUUUAUUCCAAGCGUCUGUAUCUGCAUUGGCUUCUCAAGGGACGGUAUUUCAAGAUAAAGCCGUACGGAGUCCACCCUUGGCGUUUCGGCGCCGAGAGAUGCCGCCAGGCUCCCCUCCCUCCGAAGAUGCCCCUUUCGCACCUAAACCGCAUGUUCCUUCAGAGGGCCCUGAUCGACAGCGGUCGUGAAAAUCAUUUUAUGGUAUCCGUCGCUAUCCGAAUCUGUGUUUACUGUAACCAGGUCACGCGUCUGAGUGGUUUGUGUUUGCACCAAGCCUGGAAACAGUACUUGAAUGUACCUGUGCACUAUUCCCAUGCAAGUCUGUGUGCUACUGCUAAUGUGUAAUUACUUAUUGAACUGGAGUAUGGCCUGGUGCGUGCCGCUGGUAUUACAGUAAU